UAUCGAUAGUUAUCGAUUAACGAUUAAUCGAUAAAUCGAUAACAAUUUCAUUUAUCGCCCGGCAUUAGACUUUCGUUACAAAAAGGGAAGUUCGCAUUCCAAUGUUGGGAGUUGGUGGGAUGUUUAAUCCUCGAAUGUGAAAACAUCCUGACUCACCUCUGGACUGAUUUUUCAGUUUCCGUUUGGAUACAAAAAAGAUGGGGAUUGGGUAGUGUUUGCUUAUAAUCAGGUGAUAUGGACGGGAGCAAUGGAGACAUGUCGUUGGUAGUCUGAAUCCAGCAGACUUGCCUUUAAGAGGAUACACCCCUUAGCAAUUUAUUGGAUUCAGAUGGAAGGGGGGGUCCCGAGUGAUUGUCUCUGUUGCCAGUUAUAAGUGAAGUUGAAAGAAAGCUCAGAAAGUCAGAUGAUCGUAGAAUCGUCGUCUUAUCGAAGGACUCUUGCAAUCUACGGUUAGAUCUUACGAUUUGUAAAACAAGAGAAAGGUCUACCUUCUUUAUCAAUGGUGCGUGCUGAGUAUAGAUAAAACAGAACGUUUGAAUGUGAAACGUGACUCCAAGGACUCAUUCGUGUGGAAACCCGACUUUGGUGUAGAGAAAGUAAGAAUGAUUUUAUCUCCCUCAGCACUUGUCACAACUCUAAUUUACGACUUUCUUUUGAUUCGUGGAGUCAACCUCAUUCGUGAAAAGUUGAGAGAAAAGUGAUGGAUAAUCAACUACAGGAGGGCGGUGCAAAGGUGAUACGGAACUCUAAGACAUGCCUUCGUACUAAACCACUAAAAGGGGACGCAAUUCCCUUACCAAAGGAAAAGAUAUCGAAUGGGGACCCGUUUACCACCACUGGAGUCGAUCUUGUAAGGCCCAUUGUGUUGAAGGUAGGAAAAGGCUGGAUCUUGUGCAGUUUAUCGUUGUAUACAUUUGGAUCUGGUACCUAUGCCGCCUGGGGAGCAGCUAAUUCGUUUAAUAGUGUCGACUGGGAAGAAGUGAAAAACAUGCGAUCUUCCAUAAACACAUUGGGCCUUCAUCCUACCUGCAUCUCUUUGGUUUGGAGGUUAUUCGGAAAGCUGGUAAAGGACCUCCUCCAGAGGAUAUUAAGAAGAUCAAAGGUGAAUUAUGCCCAGAUGAAGACUUGUCUGGUCAGUGUUGCUACCACCAAAAAUGGCCAAACUAUCACAGUGGUUACAGAAGAGCCCUUCUACUUUCAUUAGGCCCCUUAAAAUAGGAAAUUUUCCUGAGCUGGAGAAAGCACGAUAAUAUAAAUAUAAGUCAAACAAAAUAAAAGUUAAAUCUGAUUCAAAAGUUUCGAACUUUCCUCAAUUAGGAAGAUUACCAUUGAGGUACUCGAGCAUAUAAUUUUGUUUGAUCAACAAUUUCCAAGACAAUUUCAUAUCGAAUUGCGAAUUGCGUUUUGAAAAUGUUUACUCUCUUCCUUUGCAUUGUCAAGCAGAUUUCAUUAACUUCCAUAAUACGUAUUAUGGAAGUUAAUUAAAUUUGAAGUACUUGUGAACAGUUUUCAAGGCACACAAAAUACACAAAAUAUGAAAAAAGAAAAACAUAUGUGAUACAUGUUUGUAUCCUUAUUUACGGUAAUUAAUUCUCACUUAAUUAAAGUUUUAAUGAUCUACCGUUAUAUAAGUAAAACACUACGAUCAAUUAAAUUAUGUGUAUCCAUCCUGGAAGUAAAACGUUUAUUUUAGACUGGUCGUGAUGUCAGUUGCAACUAAGUUAGCAACUCGCGUAUAGAGAAAAUUGACGAAGUUUCUUAUAUUUUCUGGUGAAUGACUCAAUAUACUUGUUUAAUUCAUUGGCGUACCCAGCGAAGAACCCGCAAGAAUAUCCUUUUGAAAUUAUAGGCCAAGGAAGAGAAUCAGCAUGUCGAGAUCUUCUGCUUUUGCGAAGGUACCCGCUAGGGUAUCUUUAUAUCUUCUAGCGACGACGUGUAUAGGAGUAAGUUUUGUUUUACGAACGGCGAUGAGUAUAACAAUACUAGCGAUGGUUAAAGAAGGAGAAAGCAGCGAAUAUUUAGCUAAGAAUGACAGUAAGUGUAACGUGAGGAAUGACUUGGCUGUCACGUAUAAGAACUAUGGUGGUACUUUUGAUUGGUCCAUAGACGUCCAGUACUUCAUACUUACCUCUUGUUUCUGGACGUAUAUUGGGGGACAAGUGCUUGGAGGAAUCACAGCCCAUAAGUUUGGGGCAAAGAUUGUGAUUGGUAUAGGAAUGUUCACCUCGACAGUAUGUAAUCUAUUCAUUCCGCUCGGAAGCGAGGUGAAUUAUUUGGUUGUAAUUGUUUUGCAACUUCUGCACGGAUUGGGACUGGGAGUAGUUUGGCCCGCGCUGUAUUCUCUAGUUAGUUGGUGGAUACCUAAACACGAGCAAGCUCGGUUUUUGACCUGCUUGCAGGGUUUGUCAAUUGGUAUGUCUAUCUCACUACUAAUGUCGGGAUUUUUAAUUGCAUCGCUUGGAUGGAAGUACGUAUUCUACGUUUCUGGAAUGCUAGGUGCUCUGUGGUGUCUUGCAUGGUACUUCUUUGCAUUCGACAAACCAGAAUUACACCCUCGCAUGCAAUACAAAGAACUACAUUACAUUUCGAAACAUAGAAAAGAUACUUUGAGUGCAGAUAAACGGAUCGUACCUUGGAAGUCUAUUUUUUUGUGUCUUCCGGUUUGGGCCAUUGCGAUAUCACAGUUUGGCAGAAUGUGGUUUAGCUUAAUUUCAAACACCUACGGACCAUUGUAUCUCAAAUCAAUAAUUGGGUUAGGUGCCGAAAUGAACGGGCUUUGCGGGGGAAUUAUUAACUUUGGGACCUUUAUCUUUGCAAUAAUAUUUUCCUAUGUUGCAGAUAAAUUACUGGCCUACGAUUUUAUUACGAUAAAAAAUAUUCGCAAGUUAUUCACGGGAAUAGGAAUGUUCCUGCCUGGUGCGUGCUGCCUGCUCAUAAAUCACUUGGGAUGCGAUAAAUAUUUGAAUAUGACCGUUUGGGCGUUUUCACAAAUGCUCACGUCCGCCUGUUUUCCAGGCGCCAUGGUCAACAUAGUAGAUAUUGCCCCAAACCUGACGGGUUCGGUGACAAGCGUUAUUCAAGUGGUGUUGUUACUUCCGGGCAUUUUCGGAACUUACGUCGCAAAAUCUCUUUUUAAGAGCUUGGACCCGGAAGAUGCAUGGCAUGGAAUAUUUUAUUCCUCCAGCUUAAUACUUUUUAUUACAUGUUUGUUCUAUCUUGCAUUUGCGUCCGCUGAUGCACAAGUAUGGGAUUACAAGAUCGUGCCUACAGAUUCUGAAGGGCAAGAGCUUAGGCAACAGUUAGCAGAAGACAAGGAAGUCCGCAGCUAAUUCUUCCUUAAAAUUUAUUAAAUUUAUUGUUGGCUAAUAUAAAAUCCACUCAAAAUCAUAUAACAAGAUAUUUAUCAUACUACGCCACCUCCUCUUUAAACGGGGGUGCUCACAUUUAAAAACCAGAAAUCUGUCUUUUAUUUUGUGUACGGCGAUUAACCAUAUUAAUAACGGUCAGUAUUAAUAUCACCUACAACGAAAAUACAAAUUAAUGUAAGAGUC